AGAGAACCUUACCUUUUAUGGAGAACAGCGCGGUGUGCCGGCUCAAAUAAAGCCGCUGCGGCUGCUGAUGUGAUGCUGCAGUAAGUGACCACAGCUGGGACAGAGGAACAGCAGCAGGACUUCACCUACAGACACACCCGCUACUCACCUGCAACAGAAAUGGAAGACGAUAUCUCUGCUCUCGUUGUUGACAAUGGCUCCGGUAUGUGCAAGGCCGGUUUUGCUGGGGAUGAUGCUCCUCGGGCAGUUUUCCCCUCCAUUGUUGGGCGCCCCAGACACCAGGGUGUGAUGGUGGGUAUGGGACAGAAGGACAGCUAUGUGGGAGACGAGGCCCAGAGCAAGAGGGGUAUCCUGACCCUGAAGUAUCCCAUUGAGCACGGCAUUGUUACCAACUGGGAUGACAUGGAGAAGAUCUGGCAUCACACCUUCUACAAUGAGCUCCGUGUUGCUCCAGAGGAACAUCCAGUCCUGCUGACAGAAGCUCCACUCAACCCCAAAGCCAACAGGGAGAAGAUGACCCAGAUCAUGUUUGAGACAUUCAACUCUCCUGCCAUGUAUGUGGCCAUUCAGGCUGUGCUGUCCCUGUAUGCCUCUGGUCGUACUACAGGUAUUGUGAUGGACUCUGGGGACGGUGUCAGCCAUACUGUGCCAAUCUACGAAGGCUACGCUCUUCCUCACGCCAUCCUCCGUCUGGAUCUGGCUGGCAGAGAUCUGACAGAUUACCUGAUGAAGAUCCUUACAGAGAGGGGCUACAGCUUCACUACCACUGCUGAGCGUGAGAUUGUGAGAGACAUCAAGGAGAAGCUCUGCUAUGUGGCUCUGGACUUCGAGCAGGAAAUGCAGACUGCAGCUUCAUCGUCUUCCCUGGAGAAGAGCUACGAGCUCCCUGAUGGACAAGUCAUCACAAUCGGCAACGAGAGGUUCCGCUGUCCUGAGGCCCUCUUCCAGCCUUCUUUCCUUGGAAUGGAGUCUGCUGGUAUUCAUGAGACCACCUACAACAGCAUCAUGAAGUGUGAUGUGGACAUCCGUAAGGAUCUGUACGCCAACACUGUGCUGUCUGGUGGUACCACCAUGUACCCUGGAAUUGCUGACCGCAUGCAGAAGGAAAUUACUGGCCUGGCCCCACCCACCAUGAAAAUCAAGAUUAUUGCUCCACCUGAGAGGAAGUACUCCGUCUGGAUUGGUGGCUCUAUCCUGGCCUCUCUCUCCACAUUCCAGCAGAUGUGGAUCAGCAAGCAGGAGUAUGAUGAAUCUGGUCCAGCAAUUGUCCACCGCAAGUGCUUCUAAAGCAUUUCCCCUCCUGUCCCAGUGGUCAACAUGGUUUCAACUGCUGCAUCCAGCUGAAGGGAUGCCUGGUUCAUCUUGUGUAAACGGACUCAAACAAGCAACCUGAACCAGCAAUGGUUCCAUUUCAGUCUGAUGCUGCCGAAUGUUGAAAUUUCAUUACUAAAACUUGCUGUUUAGUUUGAUGCACCCCUAGAUGGCUGUGCUGAGCCUUGUACACCAGGAUAAUCCAUCUCUGUAGUGACUGGAGGUAGGAUUUUAAAAUCCUGUUGCAUCUUUCCAAUGCAUUAAAACACUGAUUCUCAAA